CUUAAAGAGCAGAGAUUAAGAGAGAAGUGAGCAGAGCGGGAGAGAGGAGACGACUGCGGGGGAGACGACAGUAAGAGAAAGAGAAGAAUGAUGAAAGGGGGGAGGAGAGCCGAUCAUUCCGGCUGCCCGCAUCCGCUGCUCUAGUAGAGGGUAGAGAGAAAGAGAGAGAGGAGAUGGCACAACGCUUGAACAUCCAAAACACACGGGAGUGGUGCGCCACCGAGACCGGAGCCCCGGACCCACCCGAAGCAGCACCACACUCACCGCUCUCUUGUCACGCCUCUUCCCCGCACGGCAGCGCCUCAGCCACGGCAAGAGGCAUUAAUCAUCACUCCCUCCAUAUCUGCAUGUGAUUCCUCUGUGAGGAUUGGAAGGAGAGUACCUCGACUGUGUUUCCAUAAUGAAGACCUUUGUUCCCCAACAUCCGGCACAGCUCCCUUCUCCACCUGCCAUGGUGACAUGACACACCCCUGAGUGACAUUGUUCCUUUCUUUCACACAUAGACAAUCUCUUGGGCUCCAGCAAACUAAAAAAGACAUCUCCUCCUCCUACUCACAACACCUCCCUACUUUGCGAUGACGGUGGCCGUGCGAUUCCGCCGCCACUUACGUAGGCUCCUGCUCCUGCUGGCUUCCUGCUGUCUCCUCUCCCUCCUCCUCUCUGCUUACUUUCUAUUUACCAACUCCUCCCCUUCCAUGCAGCUUGGACAAUCCCCUGAACCCGCCUGCUCCCAGCCGCUCUCCCCGUACCAUCAACUUCCAAACCCGUACCCCCCUAACCCCCCCCACACACAUGUCCACACUGACCCGGUAGUGCUGGUGCUUGUGGAGUCCCAGUACUCCCAGCUGGGUCAGGACAUUGUGGCUAUAUUGGAGUCAGCACACUUCCAGUUUCGCAUGGAGAUCGCCUCAGGGAAGGGCGAUCUUCCGCCACUGACAGAGAAAGGCCGCGGCAGAUAUUCACUCAUCAUUUAUGAAAAUCUUUUAAAGUAUGCACAUGCAGACACGUGGAACAGACAGCUGUUGCAUCAAUACUGCACUGAGUACAGAGUGGGCAUUAUAGGUUUAUACCGCUCCACUGAGAACUCCCCACCUAUCCUCAAACUCAGAGGUCUCCCACUGGUGCUUAGGACCAACCAGGCACUUUGGGACUGCUGUGUGGUGUCUAGCUCACCUCUUCUCCACAUGACCAAGCCCGGUACAGAUCGAGGGGCAUUACCUGGAGAGGACUGGACCUCCUUCUCCUCCAAUCACUCCACCUACCAGGCUGUGCUGCAUGCACGGGCCAAGGAGGGAGCAGGGGCAGGCAGUGGUGACAAUCCAGGACCUGGCUUUAGUUCAGGUCUUCAAGCCACUGUGGUGCAGGACUUGGGACUUUAUGAUGGGGUGAGGAGGGUACUAUUUGGCCAGGGACUGGGCUACUGGCUCCACAGACUCAUUUUGGUGGAUGCCAUCUCCUACCUCACAGACAGGAAGCUUACUUUGAGUCUGGACCGGCACAUACUGGUGGAUAUAGACGACAUUUUCGUUGGGAAGGAAGGGACACGCAUGAACGCCAAGGAUGUGAAGGCUCUCCUUGAUACUCAGAAACAGCUGCGUUCUCAGAUCUCCAACUUUACCUUCAACCUGGGCUUCUCUGGGAAGUUCUACCACACAGGCACGGGGGAGGAGGACGACGGAGACGAUUUACUGUUGAAGUACGUGGAUGAGUUCUGGUGGUUCCCCCACAUGUGGAGCCACAUGCAGCCUCACCUCUUCCACAACGAGUCCUCACUGCUGGAGCAGAUGGUCCUCAACAAGGAGUUCGCUCUGGAGCACAACAUCCCAGUGGACAUGGGCUACGCCGUGGCCCCUCACCACUCAGGUGUCUACCCGGUUCACCUGCAGCUGUACAAGGCUUGGGGACGUGUGUGGAACAUCCAGGUCACCAGCACUGAAGAGUACCCCCACCUCAAACCUGCCCGCUACCGCAAGGGCUUCAUCCACAACAACAUCAUGGUGCUGCCUCGCCAGACGUGUGGCUUGUUUACUCACACCAUCUACUAUAAGGAAUAUCCUGGUGGACCUAAAGAACUGGACAAAAGCAUCCAUGGGGGAGAGCUGUUUCUCACUCUGCUUCUCAACCCAAUCAGUAUAUUCAUGACCCACCUGUCUAACUAUGGCAACGAUCGACUGGGUCUUUAUACAUUCGUCCACCUGGCCUCCUUCCUACGCUCGUGGACAAACCUGAAACUCCACACACUCCCACCCCUGCAGCUUGCACACAAAUACUUCCAGCUUUUUCCCCAACAAAAGAACCCGCUCUGGCAGAACCCAUGCGAUGACAAACGACAUAAAGACAUCUGGUCUAAAGAGAAAACCUGCGACAGGUUACCUAAGUUCAUGGUCAUAGGCCCCCAGAAAACAGGAACGACAGCACUUUAUCUCUUCCUACUCAUGCAUCCCUCCAUCUCCAGUAACUUCCCCAGUCCAAAGACUUAUGAAGAGGUCCAGUUCUUCAACACCAAUAAUUACCACAAAGGAAUUGACUGGUACAUGGAGUUUUUCCCCGUGCCCUCCAAUGUUAGUACGGACUUCCUGUUUGAGAAGAGCGCUAACUACUUUCCCUCAGAGGAGUCCCCGCGGCGAGCCGCUGCCCUGCUGCCCAAGGCUAAGAUCAUCACCCUGCUCAUAAACCCUUCUGACAGAGCCUACAGCUGGUAUCAGCAUCAAAGAGCUCAUGAGGACCACGCAGCCCUGCGGUUCACCUUCUAUGACGUCAUUAGCGCAAGACAGGGAGCCCCGGCCGAGCUCCGCUCCCUGCAGAGCCGCUGUCUCAUCCCCGGUCUCUACUCCUCACACCUAGAGAGGUGGCUCGCUUACUACCCUGCUAACCAGGUAAUGAUCAUAGAUGGCCAUCAGCUGAGAACUGACCCUGCAGCAGUGAUGGAUGAAGUCCAGAAGUUCCUGGGAGUCACUCCUCACUUCAACUACUCCCAGGCCCUUACGUUUGACCCUCAGAAGGGCUUUUGGUGCCAGCUCCUUGAGGGAGGGAAGACAAAAUGUUUGGGAAAGAGCAAAGGGAGGAAGUACCCUCCUAUGGAGACAGAGGCACAUGCAUAUCUCUCCAGGUACUACAGGGAACACAACGUGGAGCUGUCAAAGCUGCUGCAUCGCCUCGGACAGCCCCUUCCCUCCUGGCUAAGAGAAGAGUUGCAGAAGGUUAGAUAACCUUUGCAUCCAUGAACCAGGGUUAAAGGUCAAGGGGUCAAAGACCAGGAAGUGACCAGGAGCACCUGCCCUUCAGAUGCACUGUCUGUGGCCUUUUAGUGAACCCUGAGGUGAAGGCCAGGACAAGGUGCCUUGUUUCACCUAGGAGCUGUGAAACUGCUGAAGGAAGCCAAAGUGAUGAAAGCGCAACUUUGGCGGUCUGAAACUGAACUCUUGAAAGAAAGGACGGAGGAAUCAGAGUUUCAGGUGACUCUUGCAGCUGUGAAGAAAGUGGGACUAAAAAGGAAGAACCACUAUAAGGAUGAAAAGAAGGGAGGCAAGGAGCAUUUGGCAAGUCUUUGAUGCUCAAACCCUGUUCUGAACUGUGGUGAACUCUCGUGCAGACCUGCAGUGACUUCGAUGAUUAUCACUUUUUGUUUUAUUUUCACCUUUAAUUUAUGAUGCCAGAACAGCGCUGGUCAGCUGUGUGUGGUUCCUAUAGAGAUGACUUUGCACUAAGUUCUGUUCCAUGUAUUUUCAAGACAAAAAAGAAAUGCACCCUGUGUGGUUUUGUUUUACAAUUUUUUUUAGUUGUUGUAUUUUUGUCACAAUGAGAGUAAAUAAGCAGGGAGGAUAGGUGCAUAGACUCAGGGUGAGUGACAGGCUGUUACUUUCCAUUAUAGGUUCUUAUCAUUUUGUGAGUUAAUGUUUUUAAGUGAAGCUAGUUUCUGGUAGAUCUGGUAGCCUUGUUCACCCUUAGAGAUGUCACUUGAGGCUUUCACUGGAAAGUAUGGACUGGAAAUGAAUCACUGAAGCAAGAUGCAUAGCCCGCUCAUUAUUUUUCCUGUGACAAGCCAUGCAGAAGAACGCCAUGUCCAUUUAGCAGAGCAUGAACACUGAUGAUUUCAGCGCUAAGGGCUGGGGGGGACAUGAAUUUGUAGGAAGAAAACUGACCAAAACGAGCCUAAUGGAUGUGACACUUAAUUCCAAGACUCUUUAAGUAGCUACUGUAACCGCGGGCAGUUUUUGUUUCGUCAGUGUCUCAUUUAAGUCUCAACCUCUUUUUUCUUUCCUUUUUAAAACCAGUGGCCUACGUUGUUGAGCUUCAAUUUGAAUGCAAAAAACCCUCUAAAUGUCAAACACAGAAACCAAAAUUAAAGAAAUGGAUAUUAACUGACA